UUUCGAAUCGUUUUAUGUGGUUUGUUAUUUGGUUUUCUUGUGAAUAUUCUCGUUAAACAAGAUAUGAUUAUUGAUUGUUUGUUGUUUCGAAGAGGAAAUGAAAAUCUUGAUUUUCCGUCAAGGUAAUGAAAAUUAAACAGUUAGCGCCUGAUGUAGUGAAACGACUCAGAUCUGGAGUUGCUAUUACUUCGGUAUCUCAAUGCGUUGAAGAAUUAGUAUGGAACAGUAUUGAUGCUGGAGCUACGUGUAUAGCUGUUCGUUUAAACUUGCCAUUUUUCAAAAUCCAAGUUGUUGACAAUGGAUGUGGAAUUCUGCCUGAGCAAAUGGAGUUGGUUGGCAUCAGGUAUGCAACAAGCAAAUGCCACUCACUUCAUGAUCUUGAAAAUUUGCGAUUCAGUGGAUAUCGAGGAGAGGCUCUGGCCAGCUUAAAAGACAUUUCUUCAAUUUUAAUGAUAGAAUCUCGGACUGCAAAUAAUGCAAAUACAUACUGCAAAAUAUUCACUCAAGGAAAAGCACCGAGACCGAAAAAAUCCAUCAAGGAUCGCCCAAGCAAAGGGACCACAAUUUCAGUAUUUGACUUUAUGUAUAACCUUCCUGUCAGAAAAAAGUCCAUUUCUGAAUCUUUGGAUAUCAACGAGUGUCGGAGGACGCUGCAGUCGAUUGCUCUCAUGCAUCCACAUCUGUCUUUUUCCUUAGAAAGUGAAGCUACUGGAGAUAUGUGCUUCCAGUUUAAAAAAUCUCAGUCCUUGCCACUAGCGUUUGCUCAAUUAUUUGGGAAGGUUAGAGCUGGCUGCCUCAAAAGCUUUCAUCAUCGAGUUGAUGAUUAUGAAAUAGAUGGAUACAUAAGCACGGAUCAUAGUGCAACAAAGGACUUGCAAUUCCUUUAUGUGAAUAAAAGAUGUGUCCUGAAGACAAGACUUCAGAAAUUGAUAAAUUCGAUUUUGGGUCAGGCUUUGAGUUGCAAGCAGAGAUUAAAAGUUGAUCCUUUGAAAUCAACCCCAGAAAGCCCUGUUAAAUCUCAAAUGCAGUUUUUUAUCUAUGUAAUUAACAUAGUAUGUCCAUACAGCAAGUGUGAUGUCAUUUUUGAGCCCCGUAAAACAGUAAUAGAAUUCUCGGAAUGGGAUAAAUUUCAGAAUGGAAAAAGAAAAACUUCGCUCAGUGGAAAUACAGAGAAUUCUGACACUAUUUCAUUUGCGAGUCAAGUACCUGAUAUUCCUAACAGGUCUGUAUUUCCUGUUGACAGUCCUGUUAUGCUGCGUAUUCCUGUACAAAGUACAUUGUCUAAUUUAGAGAAAGGCCAAUCAGGUGCUUUGCUUAGAUUGAGAGAGAAAUAUAACAGAAAAUAUCUAGGGAAAACUUUACAUCAGGAAGAUGAUGAGGGAAACAGUUCUGAUACAUCUGUGAUUAAAAGGUUGAAAUCCUCUUCAACCAGUAAUAGCUCUUCUCCUGAAUAUCAUUUCGUAGAGGAAGAAGUUAACUUGAAAAGCAGCGUGGAAAAUGUUUCAAAUCAGGUUCAUAAUUCAAAAGAUGAAAAUAAUUCCGAUUGCACUGUGGAAUCUGAUAAACAUGUUUUAAGUUCACUCUCUAGUUCUGAUCCUAAUCGUGAAAAUUAUGCAUUAGAUGAUGGAGACACUAACAUUUUUCUUCAGCCAUUUGUAAAUACUUUCCAUGGCUUUGUAGAUGAAAAAGCAGCUUCAUCUAACUUUGUGGAAAAUAUCAAGGAUGGAUUAAAAACUGAUAAAAUUGAAGGAUCUGAAGACGAAAAUUUAGAAGAUAUACCACCGGCUAGUACUGGAGAGUUCACUGUUUCUAAUUCCGCCUGUGUUUCAGAACUUGUAAAAAUUGCUGCAGAAAUGCCGUUUUCUAGCUUCAGUGCUAGUAUUAAUGAAUCUAGUUUAGAACAAAAUACUCCAUUGCAUGAUACGAAUCAGAUUGCUCUCUCUGUUGCUGAUAACAAUCCUGAACAAAAUGUCAAUUCCAGUAUUGCACUUUGUGAAAACAAUGCAUUUUUCACAAACUCGUCAUCCUCAAAUGAAAAUGACACUUCUGCAUGUUUAACAAAGGAUGAUUUCUGCAAAGAUAAAAAUUCUGAUUCGCCAUUUUGUGUCAUGUUAUCACAUGAGAAUGAAUCUGAACCUUCAAAUACUGAUGUAGGUAAUGUUCUUGAAAAUACUGUCCAACAUAAUGGUACACUUAUAGCAGAAGGUAUUGAGGAGCACAGCACUGCACUUCCAGUUGAAAAUAUUUCAGACGAGAAAGCAAAUACUAAUGUGACUUCUCAUCAGACAUCAAGUCCUACUGCAUGUCUCCAUGAAAUGAAAAAGAUUCCUAGCCGAUGGAUUUUGCGGAAAGAUCCUAUCAACGGGAGAGUAGUUUACAUAGAUUCAGUUACUGGAAAUUCAAGCUAUGAAACUCCUGAAUGUGUACCUGAAGAUCCAGAAAUAAAUAAUGAAUUAGAGAAAGAGAACAGAAUUGAAGAAAUGCUUGUUAAGUGGCAAAACCCUAUGUUUGAAGUUCCGUCUGAAGUGAAUUGUGUGGAGGAUAUUAAAUAUUCAGAAAAUUUACCCCAAAUGUAUUGCAUUUUGAAUUCAUAUCGUUUCUCAAAGAGUGCAUUGGAGAAUUUAAAGGUUGUUGGACAAGUGGAUUGCAAAUUCAUAGCGUGUAUUGUGUCCAAUAUCAAUGAAAACAAUACAAAUCAAAAUUUACUGGUCUUGUUCGAUCAACAUGCAGUUCAUGAAAGAGUGAGAUUGGAGGAAUUAACAGAAGAACUUUAUGAAAUAAAUGAAAACAAUGAAAAAAUUGUUAAAACUUCUAGUCUGACUUCCCCCUUGAAACUGGUUCUUGAAACGGAAGAGAUAAGGCUACUUCGAACGUACUACAUGAAUCUGCAAAAGCUGGGAAUUCACAUUUCCUUCAGUGAUGAAACAGGUGUAAUUUUUGUUAACUCUAUUCCAUCAUGCUUGGUGGAUAAAGCAACAAAUAAACUAAAGAGGAAACUUGCUGAAAUUGAAGGUAUAAUGGAGAACACAAUUAAAGAGUGGUUGAUUAUGCUUGCAAGGACAAGAGCUGUAUCCUAUGUUCUACCAAAAUCAAUAUGUGCCAUCUUAAAUUCUCAAGCCUGUCGAGGUGCUGUAAAGUUUGGAGAUCCAUUAUCAUUGUCUGAAUGUCAGGAACUUUUAGUUUUGCUUGCAGAUUGUAAGCUCCCGUUCCAGUGUGCUCAUGGGCGGCCUUCGAUUGCGCCAAUUCUGGAUUUGAAUAAAAUAGCAGCUUUGAGUAAAAAGCGAUCUACACCCCAAUUGUCAAAUAUAAAGAAGCUCAUGUUGAACAUGAAGGUUGGAUGAAGUAAGAAUUGCGUAAAAACAUAUUGAAAUACAAACUGGCUUUUCUUGUAAUUAAACCUUUAUAAACUU